AUGGAGACAGAGCCUACAAUCACCGGUAGAAUGACCAUCUAUUUACUGGGCGUAAAGUUGGUCACUGUACCUACUAAAGUGUGUCACGUGUCACCAGUGAUUGAACUGAUUUACUUUGGCACAGAGGACUCAAUGUUGGGCACCUAUGAUUCGGAUGCUAUGAUCAUAUUUAAUUCCCAGACACCUAAGCGCCCGAUAUUGACCCGCAAUGACGAGGCAAUUGUCACGUAUCGGCGCUUUUGCUCAGUGGCUGACACAUGUAUCCAAUUGCACCAAGGCCAGGCUAAUGGUCGGCCAAUCAAUCAAAUAAGGGCCGCUGACUUAGCAUGCUCAUUAUACGAGCAUGAUAUAUCCUACUGUAAUCGGAACUCAAUGUCAACUAUACCGGUCACGCCUAGCAAAGCCAUAUCAGCUGACAAUAAUAAUACAAAUUCAUCCAGUACUAAUAACAGCUUUUUAAAUGACCAUACUUCAUUAAUAGCUAUUAUUGGUAUAUCCCUAGUGGUACUAAUAAUAGCAAUCUUGGUCUUUGUGUUAAGACGACGCUGGCGUAGAUUACCCAGAAAACCCGGAGCCCGGGGUCACUUUGUUGAAAACCCUGAGAUUGCUACACUAUUAAUAGAUGCGCAUGGUAACGUGAACCAAGAUGCAAGUGAUAUGAUAGAGGCAAAUAGAACGGCCAAUAAUGUAACAAAUAGUGUACAAAAUAAUGUAACAAGUCAAUUUAAUCCGCACUAUCCCGCACCCGCUACACCACAACGGGUGGCGCCCAAUGUCGUAAUUAAUCAUGAUGCUCAAAAUAAUAAUAAUAAUAGCGUGAGGGCAGUUGCACCACAAGCAUUUUACUACACGUCAGCUCAAAACACGCAAAAUAAUAAUAACCAGUCUAGAAGGGUAAUUAAUACGGCACAAAAUAACCCUAAUGGCAUUAAUAGUGUGACUGGGUUUCCUGACCCGACCCAAUCCCACAAUCCCACAAAUGGCUGGGGUGACCAUGGUGCUAAUUUUACCAAUGUUAUUAGAAUUGCCCAGGGUGCUUACGGUUAUGUUUAUAAGGCAACUAGUUUGGUAGAUGGAGUCGAGUACGCUAUUAAAAUCAUUUACACAUCGGACACUUAUAUGACCGAGAUCAAUGCCCUGCAGCAACUGACAAGUGACUACGUGGUAAAGCUCAUUACGCAUUGGGAGCAUAAUGUGCACGCUUUAUCCAGAUGCAAUAUUGUCCCUACAACCUAGCUCAAAUUAUACAACUAAUGGACAACACAUUUGGUAGAAUACCGGCCAACAUUAACCCCGCACUCAUCCGGCGGGUCCGGCGUUACAUCGGGCGCGAGAUGUUCAUAGAGCUGCUCCGGGGGCUGCACUUCAUGCACACACGUCAGCCGCCAUACAUGCACAGAGACCUAAAGGCCAAGAAUAUUCUGUUUGACCCGAACGCAGGCAGUGCUGGUAUAUUUUGCAAACUGUGUGACUUGGGUCAGGCCAUCAC